AAAAAGAAAAAAAAAAAAAAAAAAACCAAGAGUGGUAUCUGACAUACACCCGACAUGUCUGAAGACCAAGAUCUAUUGUCCAAGAUCAGCCAGCUUGCUGGCCAGAUCAAUCGACACAAGAACCAAUCUACGCAAGGCCAGAAUGAGUUUGCCCCAGCUCCCUACGCGACGCGCCAUGACACCUCUCGCUGGGCACCGUAUCGAGGACGACCCUACGCGCCGCGGGGACGACCUGCACCUCACCGUCACCGGACUUUAGUUCUGAAUAACACGGCGGGGCCAGGACAAUCCUCUGGCUCGACUCCCACAUCUACACUUGGUGCUCCCGCGGCACAGAACAACGAGACGCCGACAUCGACGUCCAACGGAUGGGUUGCGAAACGCGAUCGCCAUAUGCAACUGAUCAACUCGGCAGUCUACGACAAGGAAGCACAAAUGAGGGCGAAAGCGAUGGAGGAUACUCGCAAAGCGAAGGCUCAGAAAAAGACACAGGUCGAACAGGCCAAGGUGCUCAGUUAUGCUCAGGGUGUUGGAAGACAGUUUCCGCCUCCUACUGUUGCUGCUGCGCCGGCCGCUGCUGCUCAUCCGGCGGGAUAUCAACUUUUCUUCAACGAUAUUCCGUUUAGAAUAGCAAGAGGUGGAAGCAAAUUGAUCCGCAUGUCCAGUGCGACCCCCAACGACUUUGACAUGACUUGUUAUUCGAGGACUGGCUUACCAGGAGCACCAGAUGAUCCGAAUACCGCCAACAAUACGCCGAAGAGAGUCUCCGUUGCGGGUGUUACGUUUGUCCGGAGCAAGAACGGAAAUCUUCAUCGACUUGGCGCAGUGGCUUCAAAAAGGAACCCCAUGACGGUCAAGAAAAAGAAUGAACUUUGCAAAAGAUUUACUACGACGGGUACCUGCUACAAAGGACCGUCGUGUUUCUACAUCCACGAUCCAAACAAAGUCGCAAUUUGCAAAGAAUUCCUGCAUGGAAAAUGCAGCGCAGGUAUUGAUUGCGAUCUUUCCCAUCAACCAUCGCCCCACAGAUCCCCUACUUGUCUGCACUUCCUUCGUGGUCGCUGCGCGAAUCCGGAGUGCCCGUAUGCUCACGUCCGGGUGACGCCUGGCGCACCUGUCUGCAGGAAUUUCGCAAACCUAGGCUACUGUGAGAAGGGCGCGAACUGCGAAGAGCGCCACGUGAACGAAUGCCCCGAUUACGCCAACACCGGAGUUUGCAACAGGAAACAUUGCCGUCUGCCUCAUGUGGAUCGGGCGGGUCAGAUGAAGAAUGCAGCCAUCAGAGCGGAAGGGCCCCAGGAUGAUGAGUCCGAUGCCUCCAGUGAGGAAGAAGAAUACGACGAGAUCGACUCUGAUGACGUCGACUCUGAUGAUGAAGACCCGGAAUUCAUCGAGGGCGUCGACACUGGCGAGCUCUCGCAGCAGCAGGAUUUUGUCCAUUUUUAGUUCUUACUGCAUACUAAUUGUAAAUACGUUUCUUUACGAUGGGAUUGGGCCGGUGCCACGACAUGUAUACCCGAUGGAGGCGGAUACCUACCACGUUGCAACGAGCUGCAUGAACACUGGAAGUUGCUUGGGGCGUUUAUUGGUUUUGUUAUGUAUCCGUAUCGAUACCUUGUUUACUGAUUAGGUAGCGUAUUGAAUGGAUCGUUCGUUUG